AUGACACAAAAUGCUGCGGUGGAAUCAGAUACUUUAGUUGUUGCCACAUAUGUUGAUAAUGACGAAGGUGAUUCUGCUGGCAGUGGUGGUGUAGUUGAAGCUUCUAGUGCGGUGCAAAAUGAACCCAGCGAUAUCAAUCAGCUGUUGUCCAUUGUGCGUUUAUGCGAUGGUCCCUCGACAAGUACACAAGAGCCCAGUGAUGAAUUGCAUAAAACAAAAACUUCCACAUGUGUAAGUAAUGUAACAGCCAACAUAGCACCACCUUCUGUUCAGAGUGUUACAGCAACAGCACCGACAAUUAAGGAAACAACAAGUUCGUCAGCUUUGACAGUAGCUAUUGAUUGUGAUGAAUUGCCAUACGCAACAAGUACCAGUUCAAAUUCCAAAACACAGUCAUCACAGCAAUCUCCCAAGCCAACAAUUUCAGUAAAAUGCUUCAGCCCAAUGUUAAGAGUCCAAACAAUCCAAAAUGAGACAUUGCCAUUACCAAAUGUUUGCGUCGUUACGGAACGGCGAAAGGAAAAUUCGGAAAGUGAUAAUGUGGCUGGUCCACAAAUGCAAAGUUCAAACGAUGAUAAUCCAAUUUGUCUGCCAGCAGUAGCAGACUUGGAUAGAGGGACACGUGCAGCAAUGCCGGAAGUUACAAUUGAGGAGCUUACGUCGGCGUCGGAAUCGCGUGCACCAUCACCUGCCAAUUCCAGCGUUACCAGUGUGUCAACACCUCGGGCAUCAAGAAGUGCGAUUGGACGCCGUGUUGUAUGCUUGCGUCAUAUUCGACGCGCACCCAAAGAACCAGAGGAGUACAUGGAUGCAUUGUUUCCGCAUAUACGCGAGGCACAUAACCAAAUACGAAAGACCUUACUACAUUCGCCGCUCACUGAUGUCAAGGAUAAUGCAUUAUUAAAGCGUAAAAUGUUUGAGGUCAUUCGACACUAUAUCAGUGGUUGUAAAAAUGAGUUUGAACGAGUUACAGCAUCGGUUAUAUUGUGCCGCCGGCUAAAGCGAAAUAUUAUACGUCUGUUGGAUUUGUUCCAUGAUAUUUGUUCGUCUAGUCGAGAGGAUCCUGCUUAUUUGUAUCACAUAAGUCAAUUGAUUGCAGUGUACAACUCGCUCGAAAUAAAAUUAUCAUUCAAUUUGACAAGAUUACAGAAAUGCGCUUUAAUCCAUCGUAUAGCCCACAUUAUAAAUAAGCACCUAUUGGUGAAGGAUGAAUCGUUGGCCAAGGAAAAUGUACUCAGAAUGUUUCUACAUAUGCCCGAUAUGUAUUCGGCACGUUUUAUAAUGGAACCACUUUUUAACACCUUUUUAGCGGAAAUUCCAACAAGCAACAAUACGCGGUGUCAAAGAGAAUUGCCGGAUAAGAAAUUUGUACAAUAUAUUAUAGUAUUGCAUCUAUGGAAGGAAAUGCUGCGAAAUCCUCUUGAGCAGGUUGAAUUAAUAAACCGCGCACAGCAUUUUAUGUGUCCCACUAAAACGUUGCAUACGAAUCCCAUGUAUGUUAAUCACUUGCCAACAAUUCACACACGCAAACAUGCUGUGAAAGAUAUUUUGAAUAGUCUAAAAUAUUUUCACGAUUUAAAAAAUGCCGCAAUUUGUGAUGAUACCUUGGAAGAUGGGGAUGACGAUAUUGAAGUCGUUAUUGUGCACGCAUACGUAUACGCAUGCUAUGGAGAUCCGCCUUAA